CGAGCUCUCAUUCGGCCAGCGGCUGCCUCAGCGAGCACAGCGGAGCCUGCGGGAUGGCGGCGGGCGAGGGCGGGGCCGACGCGCUGCCCCCGCCCUCCCCCUCCUUGCCCGGCCCGCUCCCUGGGCCCGAGCGGGCCUUGGAGGAAGCGGCGGCUUCGGGCAGCCUGAGCCUGGCCGGGCGGCGCCUGAGACACUUCCCCGGAGGAGCAGCCCGGCGCUGGGACCUCAGCGACACCACGCAAGCGGACCUCUCCCGAAACCGCUUUGCCGAGGUCCCCGAAGACGCCUGCCACUUGAUGUCCCUGGAGGGGCUGAGCCUGUACCACAACUGCCUCCGCAGCAUCCCCGCCAUCGCCAACCUCCAAGCCCUCACCUACCUGAACGUCAGCCGGAACCAGCUCUCUUCCCUGCCCUCCUGCCUCAGCCUGCUGCCCCUCAAGGUCCUCAUCGCCAGCAACAACAAGCUGGUCUCCCUGCCCGAUGACAUUGGCACCCUCAGCACCCUCCGCCAACUGGACGUCAGCAGCAAUGAGCUGCAGUCCCUGCCGGCGAGUGUGGGCGGCCUGGAGUCUCUUCGGGACCUCAACGUCCGGAGGAACCAAAUCGCCAUCCUGCCUGAAGAGCUGGCGGAGCUGCCCCUGGUGCGGCUGGACUUCUCCUGCAACCGCGUUGUCCGCAUUCCCACCUGCUACCGCCACCUGCGGCACCUGCAGUCCAUCCUGCUGGAGAACAACCCUUUGCAGUUCCCACCUGCGCAGAUCUGCUCGAAAGGCAAAAUCCACAUCUUCAAAUACCUCAACAUUGAGGCCUGCAGCAAGGCGCGGCCGGACCUGGCAGAGUUCGCACAAGGAGCCCGCCCCGCCGGCUUCGGGACGUGCCUCCCGGACGAUUUCUACCUGCGGCAGUACGGCGGCCUCGACUCGGGCUUCAACAGCGUCGACAGCGGGAGCAAGCGGUGGUCGGGGAACGAGUCCACAGAUGAGUUUUCGGACCUCUCCUUCCGCAUUGCUGAGCUGGCCAGAGACCCCAAGCAGCUGAGGGAGAAGCGCAAUGGGACAGUGGAUGCCGCUGAUCUGGAGCAGAUCGACUACAUCGACAGCAGCGUCAAUGGGGAGGAAGAGGAGGACGAGGUCUCCGUGGGGAAGCCAGAGAGCGCCUCUCUGGGGACGGCACCCACCGAGGACUUCCAGAAGCCCAGGAAGAGCUCCUCUACUUCCCUCCAGAAAACAGGACUUGCGGAGCAGGGCCCGACCGGCAGGGCCAGCCUGCCCAGGCCAGAGCCCUUUGGGGAGGAGCGCCGUCGCCCGGAGAUCCUGCAGCUGUGGCAGGAGAGGGAGCGCCAGCAGAUGCAGCAGCGACCGCUGUGGAGCCAGGGGGCCGAGAGGAGGGAGAGCCUGGCAGAAAGCAGCAGCAGCAGCAGCAGCAGCCUCUCCCAGCUGAAGCAUCGGAGCCAGGGACCAGAGCAGCUGUCUGGCUCCCCCAGGCAAACUCUGCACUCUGCAGAUCCCGUUCACCCUGCCUACCCCUCGUCCCGGGAGCCCGGCUCCGUGCAGAAGCCUUCCAGCUUCCUUUUCCGCUCUUCCUCCCGGAACAACAUGCAGCGGGGCUCCGGUUCCUUCUCGCCAGACCUCUCCCCUUCUGAGCUCAGGAACCAGCGGAGGCUGCGUGCCGGAUCGCAGGCCCAGGACGAGAGGGAGCACGCGGCUCAACUGCGCAAGGCCAUCGAGUCCCAGCUGAACGUCACUCUGGCCGAAGACUUGGGCGAGGCGCUGGCCAACGGGGUGGUCCUCUGCCAGCUGGUGAACCACCGCCCUCGGGCUGUGCCCUUCAUCCACGUGCCCUCCCCGGCUGUGCCAAAGCUGAACGCCAUCAAAAGCCGGAAGAACGUGGACAGCUUCUUGGCCGCCUGCCGCCAGAUGGGGCUCCCGGAGGAGUCUCUCUGCUCCCCCCACCACGUGCUGGAAGAGGAGGGUCUGCCCCGCGUGGCCAAGACGGUUCGGACUCUGCUGGCAACGGGCUGCGCUGCCCCACCUCCGGGGCGCCAGAAGACCUAGGUGGCACCGGACAGGGUGGCCUAGGCGGACUGGA